CGAUUUUUUAACCUCACAAAUACAAAACUGAUUUGAAAAUAUUUAUGUUUUGUUGAGAAACUAAUUCAACCAAAGAAGUAAUAUCUUUGAAUUCAACCUAUCCACCAUGGGUUCUAAAUUACCUCUUGUCGUUAUAUUAGGGGCAACAGGAUCAGGUAAAACAAAAUUAUCACUGGAAAUUGCCCAGAAAUUCGGUGGAGAAAUAAUCAGUGCAGAUUCAAUGCAAAUAUAUAAAGGACUUGAUAUUAUAACUGCUAAAGUUACCAAAGAAGAGCAGCUACUUGCGCCGCACCAUCUCAUUGAUAUACUUGAACCUGAAGAAACCUUUACAGUUAUAGAAUACAGAAAUAGAGCAAAAGCUAUUAUUGACAAGUUAUUUUCCUGCAAUAAAGUUCCUAUUGUAGUUGGUGGAACAAAUUAUUAUAUAGAAUCACUUUUAUGGAAUAUAUUGGUGGACGACUGUGGUCAAAACCUUAAAAGAAAAUCUUCAGAAAUAUUCAGCAAAGAGUAUGAUUUAUCCAGUCGUGAACUGCAUAACCAAUUGAAACAAUUAGAUCCAGAAAUGGCAAAACGGUUGCACCCCAAUAAUAGAAGGAAAAUAUUGAGAUCCCUAGAAGUUUUAUAUGAUAAGGGUAGAAAACUCAGUGAUAUUUUAAAUGAACAGCACAGUUCAGAAGGAGGUUCCAAAACAAGUGGAGGGUUACGUUACCCAAACUCAUUGAUCCUAUGGUUACAGUGUGAGCAAAAAGUGUUGAAUACAAGACUAGAUAAUAGAGUAGAUGAAAUGGUUAAUGAAGGUUUAGUAGAUGAACUCCUAAGGUUUCAUAGGCAUUUUCAAAAUCCUGAUUAUACAAAGGGAAUGUUUCAGUCAAUAGGUUUUAAAGAAUUUAACUCUUAUCUGAAGCUUGAAGAAGCACAAAGGAGUGAAGAGAUAGGAAAGAAGAAAUUGGAGGAAGGUAUAGAAUUAUUGAAAUUAGUGACAAGGAGAUAUGCAAAGAAACAAAUUAAAUGGAUAAAUAACAGAUUUUUGGGUAGGACCGACAGGGCUGUACCACCAAUUUAUGGUUUAGAUACUACAAACGUUUCAGAAUGGAUAGAGAACGUAUCCACUAAAGCGAGUAGAAUAAUAGAUUCUUAUAUAGAGGGUAGCCCAUGUCCUUACCCUGCAUUACCAAAACUAGAAACAGUUUCAAGUCCAAAUGUAGAUGAUGAUACAUACAAUUGUGAAAUAUGUGAUAGAAUUUUUAUAGGACAGCUUCAAUGGAAUUUACACUUGAAAUCCAACAAACAUAAAAAAAUUAAGGAAAAACAGAAGAAGAUGAAAAACAAUGAAAUAUUACAUGAAACAAUUCUAACACAAGCAACAGCUGAGAGCCAUCUCCAACAGAGGGAGAUUGAAAAACUAAGGAAAGCUUCUGAUAACAGAUAACAAUGGAGUUUGACUUCAUUCUUACUCUAAUAUAAAAAAUAUAAAAUUUUAUUGAAUUCUAUGAAUUAGGGCAUCUCUGUCUAGUAUGACCUGGAAAAAAUUAUUCAUAAUAUAAUUUUGUUCUCGAUUCUGAAGCUUAACAGUCGUAAUGAAGAUGUGAAUAAACACUGGAAAUUAUA